CAUGUUGGGUCAACUGGAAGAAAUAACGAUUUGUACAUUUUUGAGGGUAGUUCCUUAAAAAAAUUCCAUGAAACCGCUGAUAUUUUUGCUCAGAACAUCAAAAUGAUUGGAGAUGUUAAUGUCCCCGUAUUACUUAUUGGCGAUUCAGCCUUUCGAUUGUCGCGUUACAUGAUGAAGCCUUUUCCAUACUCACCAAAUCAACCAGUGUCUGAAAAAACAUUUAACUAUCGUUUGUCCAAAUGUCGCAGAUUUAUAGAGAAUGCUUUCGGUCAACUAAAAGCCCGAUUUAGAAGAAUUGGCAGAGGUUUACCGGUAGCUCCAAAAAACGUUAACGUUAUAAUACAUGCAUGCUGUAUUUUGCACAAUUUUCUAAAAAUUGAAAAUGAUGAAAUUCCUUCUUCGUGGAUCCAAGAUGCUGCAGAAAUAAGUACAGAAAUUCAACCACAUCACACUACAAGAGCUGGGGAAAAUGAUGUAACAGCAUCGGCUAUAGCUCUGAGUUUUCGUGAGUAUAGAUGUAUAGAGUAG